CUGUGUCACCUGUAUAUUCAAUUUGUAAUUUAAUAUUAGAGUGUCAUUAAUAAAUGUAAUAUAUUUUCUCCGAUAAAAUGGGGGAUAUGAAGUCACAGCUUUCCGAUGCUGAGAAACUUAAGGAGAAAUAUUGUAAAGUCGUGAAGAUACCGCCGAUACCCGACAAGUGGAAAUUGGUGCCGGCUUUUUUGAAAGGAAAAGGUUUAGUUAAACAACAUAUUGAUUCAUUUAACUAUUUUAUCAAUGUUGAGGUCAAGAAAAUCGUCCAAGCGAAUGAAAUGGUUUUCUGUGAUGCCGAUCCAGAUUUUUAUUUAAAAUAUUUGAACGUCGACGUUGGCACGCCAGUUAUCGAGGAAGAGUACAAUGUUACCAGACCCGCGACUCCCAUGGAUUGUCGGCUCCGAGACCUGAAUUAUUCGGCACCAAUCACAGUUGAUAUCAAAUACACUCGGGGUCAUGAAACAAUCAUCAGACACAAUUUAUUACUUGGCAAAAUGCCAAUCAUGCUGAGGAGUUCAAACUGCGUUCUCACCAAUAAAUCACACUUUGAACUUGCUCAGCUGAAGGAGUGUCCUCACGAUCCUGGCGGCUAUUUCAUCGUCAAUGGACAGGAAAAAGUCAUCUUAAUUCAGGAACAGAUGCUCAGAAAUCGAAUUUUACUCGAGGAAGAUAGCAAAGGUUGCAUUGUGGCGAUUUGCAACAGUGUCACUCAUGAGAGAAAGACGAGAAGUAACGUGGUUGGCAAGGGUGGACGAUACUACGUCAGACUGAAUAUUUUCUCAGAUGAUGUGCCCGUUGUCGCUGUGUUUAAUGCUUUGGGAAUCCAGUGCGACCAGGAAAUAGUGCAAUUAAUUGGCACCGAGGAUAAUAUCCGAGAAAAGCUGAAUGCUAGUUUAGAUGAAUGUCAAGAUAUCAGGUCACAGAAUCAAGCUUUGAGUUACCUGAGCGCUAAAAGAAAGCAAAAGAGGUUCAAUGUUGUCAAGUCGAAUAUCUACGAUGAGAUGAAAGACAUUCUGGCAACCAAUCUUUUGUCUCACGUUCCAGUUGUUGACUUUAGUUUCAAGUUAAAAGCAGCCCACCUUGCACUCAUGGUUCGGAAAGUGAUUAUGGCCCAGAAUGAUCGUAGCUUAUUGGACGAUCGUGAUUAUUAUGGAAACAAGCGAUUAGAAUUGGCAGGAUCGCUUCUAGCUUUAAUGUUUGAAGAUUUGCUGAAAAGGUUUAACUGGGAGUUGAAAUCAGUUGCGGAUAAGAAUAUUCCAAAGAUAAAGGCCGCGCAGUUUGACAUCGUGAAAUAUUUCCGACAGGAUAAAAUCACCAGUGGUUUGGCUUUUGCAAUAUCUACGGGAAAUUGGACGAUCAAACGUUUCAAAAUGGAGCGCCACGGAGUGACACAAGUUCUAUCGAGACUUUCCUACAUUUCUGCUUUGGGAAUGAUGACCAGGGUGAAUUCGCAAUUCGAAAAAAGUAGAAAAGUCUCAGGUCCUCGGUCUCUACAAGCUUCCCAGUGGGGAAUGCUUUGCCCGAGCGACACUCCCGAAGGAGAGGGUUGCGGCCUGGUGAAAAAUCUUGCUUUGAUGACUCACAUCACGACGGAAGUGGAGGAAGAGCCUCUCGCAAGAAUUGCAUUUAACCUCGGAGUUCAAGAACCCGGGAUGCUUGGGGGUGAGGAACUUUACCAGGAGGGCGUUUACAUGGUUUUUCUGAAUGGUACGAUCCUCGGGGUUGUGGUAAAUCAUGAGAGGCUGGUGAAAAUCUUCCGAAAGUUGAGGAGGAAGUGCUUAAUUAGCAGCUUUGUUUCGAUCUAUCCUCAACAGAAACUAAGGUGCAUUUACAUUAGUUGCGAUGGAGGGAGAUUGUGUCGACCUUACAUUAUUGUAGAAAAUGGUCAGCCUCUUCUGAAAAAGGAGCACAUGAAGCUUCUAGAACAAGGAUUGCGAACGUUUGAGGAUUUUCUACAUGAAGGAGUGAUCGAGUACCUUGACGUGAACGAAGAAAACGACAGCUACAUUGCUUUCGAUGAAAGCCAAGUUAACUUUAAAACAACUCACAUGGAAAUCGAGCCUUUCACAAUCCUGGGAGUUUGCGCCGGACUCGUACCCUUUCCUCAUCACAAUCAAAGUCCCAGAAACACUUAUCAAUGCGCUAUGGGAAAGCAGGCCAUGGGAACGAUUGGCUACAAUCAAAGGAAUAGGAUCGACACCCUGAUGUACAACCUCGUCUAUCCUCAAGCUCCAAUGGUCAAGACUCGAACAAUCGAGUUAAUCAAUUUCGAUAAACUACCGGCUGGUCAAAACUCGAUAGUUGCUGUGAUGUCUUAUAGUGGAUACGAUAUAGAAGACGCUCUCGUGAUAAAUAAGGACUCGAUCGAUCGAGGUUUCGGGAGAUGCUUGGUUUACCGAAACAGCAAGUGCAUUUUGAAAAAGCAUCCAAACGGAGCACCGGAUAAAAUCCUGGGACCUAUGGUUGAUGCGACUACGAAAAAGCCGAUAUACAAACACGACGUUCUUGAUUCGGAUGGCAUUGUCGCUCCUGGGGAAUUCCUCGAGAACAGAAAGGUCAUGAUCAACAAAUCGAUACCGACAGAGACUGCUAGUCCCCAUGUAAAUGCCGGGCAAGCCCCGAAACCGGUUGACUACCGAGAAGCUCCAGUUGUUUACAAAGGUCCGAUUGGAUCCUACGUGGAAAAAGUGAUGAUUUCCAGUUUUCAAGACAAUUCCUUUUUGCUCAAAUUGCUACUCAGGCAGACUCGAAGACCGGAAAUUGGUGACAAGUUCAGCAGUCGACACGGGCAAAAAGGAGUGACGGGCUUGAUUGUCGAGCAGGCUGAUUUACCAUUUAACGAUCAAGGUAUCUGUCCAGACAUUAUUAUGAACCCGCAUGGUUUUCCCUCUCGGAUGACGGUGGGCAAGUUGAUUGAAAUUCUGGCUGGAAAGGCUGGCGUUUUGAAAGGAGAAUUUCAUUAUGGAACAGCUUUUGGAGGUUCGAAAGUCAAAGAUGUCUGCGACGAACUCGCCAAGCAGGGUUACAAUUACCUUGGAAAGGAUUUCUUUUACUCUGGAACUACCGGAGAGCCUUUGCAAGCCUACAUUUACUCAGGACCCGUGUACUACCAAAAACUGAAGCACAUGGUUCAGGACAAAAUGCACGCGAGAGCAAGAGGUCCUCGUGCAGUGUUGACUCGACAACCAACGGAAGGAAGAUCGAAGGAGGGAGGCUUGAGACUUGGAGAGAUGGAACGAGACUGUCUCAUUGCUUAUGGCGCAAGUAAUUUGCUUGUUGAAAGACUGAUGCUUUCAAGCGAUGCUUUCGAAGUCGAUAUUUGCAAGGGAUGUGGGUUGAUGGUUUAUAGUGGCCACUGUCGCAGCUGCGAAUCGAAACAGGAUAAAGAUAAAAGGAAUGCAGGAGUUUCUACGAUUACAAUGCCGUAUGCUUGCAAACUCCUCUUUCAGGAAUUACAGUCUAUGAAUAUUGUUCCUAGACUCUCCACUAAACCGAUGAGUGAAAAGUAGUUAAUAAAUCGACGAUUGUUUUUACAGAACUAUGGCCUUUUUAUUUUUAUUAUCAACCAGUGAUAUAAUACCUGAAAUCAUUCUUCUCGAAAAAUGGCGUUUGAAAAUGUUUUGGGUAGUUUUUUACAUCC